AUGUACGCUAUCCUUUACCUGUUGCUCCGUAUUUUUCUACGUGUCGUUGGGCUAAACUCCCAAUUGCUGUUGAUAGUAUACGGACCCGACCCGAAGUCAAACCCCCGUCUUGCUCUUGUGAUAGCGAACGCUAAACGGAGCGGAAUGCCUAAACCGACUAUAGAAGCGGCAAUUGCAAGAGGACAAGGCAUUAAUACAGCUGGAACGGCCCUGGAAUCUCUCACCAUUGAGGGAAUGUUACCAUCAUCAGUUGCUGUCGUGGUUGAAUGCUUGACAGAUCAAAAAGCCCGGGCCCUACAAGAUAUACGAGCAAUCAUCAAGCGUUCUGGAGGAGCAAAUACCCCUACGAGCUACCUUUUCGAGAAGAAGGGAAAAAUCGUGUUCGAACGCAAACCCGACUUAGACGUCGAUAAAUACCUCGAACCAGCAAUAGAUGCCGGUGCAACCGAUGUAGAGGGAGAUGAGGAUAAUCGACUCAUAGUUUACACCGAGCAUACAGCUACAAAAUCGGUAGCUGACAAGCUUUCUACUACUACAGACUUGAUCACAGAAAGUAUCGAUAUUAUAUGGGAUCCAAACCAGGACACGCUUGUCAAUAUCGAAUCUGAAGAGGCCCUUAGCACGGUAGAGAACAUAGUCAACGAACUUCGGGACGACCCCAGUGUUCAGGAUAUCUACGUUAAUUGCCCGGAUAUAUCGACUUAA